AUGCCGCAAGCAAUUGAGGUCCAGUGUUUGAAAUUGCAUUCAGGUCCUAAAGGGACUGUCGCAUUGGUUUACGGUACGUGGUUCUCGCCCGCCCCUAUAAUGAGCCUGCGUUCACUGUUGCUAGUGCUUACCGCAACUACUCCGGUUGUUCGACUUAGUGACAGCUGCACUAAAGAUUGUUGCUCUACAAUGUCUGUAAACGAGAGAACUUUCAUUUGCGUAAAACCUGAUGGUGUUCAGAGGAAUCUUGUCGGCAAGAUCAUUGCACGAUUCGAAGAGCGUGGUUACAAGCUUAUUGCUCUGAAAAUGAUGAGUGCGUCUAAGGCACACUUGGAGGUCCACUACCAAGAGCUCAAAGACAAACCAUUCUUCCCUCAUCUCAUCGAAUACAUGAGUUCUGGUCCUGUUGUUGCUAUGGUCUGGCAAGGCUUAGACGUUGUCAAGCAGGGUCGCUCGAUGCUCGGCGCUACUAACCCAUUGGCGUCAGCUCCGGGAACAAUUCGUGGUGACUACUGUAUCCAAACAGGUCGUAACAUCUGUCACGGUUCUGAUUCGGUAGAAUCAGCUCAAAGAGAAAUCGCUCACUGGUUUAAACCGGAAGAAAUCAAUGAUUAUGACAGCCCAUUUAUUAAGACGUGGGUUUACGAGUAG